GUCAACACUCUCUGCUCCACUUCCUGAUCGCAAAGUUUCGUAGCGUUUCGGGGAUUUGAAUUGGUUCCGUUUGGGUAUGCAUGCAAAUGGAGGUCGAGAAACGACUAACUCCUUGUUCUAAUGGCCACGACGACGAAGCCGAAGCCGAGAAUCGGAGCAUUUCGGAGUUGGUUUCGGCGCUGAGAGCUGCGUCUCGGUCCGAGGAUUUCGGCAGAGUCGAAGAGGCUUUAGCAGCUAGAGAAGCGAAAUUGAAGCGAGAAAUCGAGAAACAGAGGCACGAGAAUGCAGUGCUGGAGGAAAUGCACGAGUUUGAGCGGCUCGAAAGGCUCAAAGCAGAGGACGAGCUCAAGCAGUCCAUGGUCAAGGCAGAGGCGGUGAGCGAAGAGAAGCUCCCGGAGGAGAAAGACGAGGGCAACGAGGUAAUUCCAGAACUCCAGAGGACGAACAGUGAGUUGGAGAGCAGCAUUUCGAGGUUAGAGAAAGGUAGUAAGAAAUUGAGGAGGCGAUCAGACGAAAACAUGCAGAGAAGAAGAAGCGGGCGUUUGGCUUCAAUGGAUAGUGCUACAAACAACAAUGGCUGUGCAAGCUCUGCUGCUGUUGAAGGAAAUGGAGGUCUGCGAAUUUCAGGUUAUACAAGGGUGGCAAAGAUGCAGAUGAAGAGGAAGAACAUGAAAAAGAAGAUUCUGGGAAGGAAGAAGAAGGGAAAGAAGAAAGGGGGAAGAACACAAGAAUAUGCGCAAUACCGUUGUAAUAUGCGGUCAUUUUUCAACACAAUGCAAAGAAUUAAGGAACGCUUGACCAAAGGGCACUUGGAGUUGCUUCAACAAACUCCAUUUUGGCCACUAAUAUCAGCAUUUUACAAUGGGAUGAUUUCUGAAGAUCAGUGCUGGAAAUCGGAGAGUGACAUCCACAACAUCAUCAGCUGCUACAACUCAAGAACAAUUAGUUUUGAUUUUGGUAGCACCUCUGCAUCGUUGACAGCAGAAGACAUUGCUGAAAUUUUGGGACUUCCACAAGAAGGUGAAGAAGUAGAAUUAAAAGGAUCAAGGGGAUACAAAUCAGAUUUUACGGAAAGAUAUUUUGACGUCAGAUUAGUGUCCAAAAAAAUGGUGGAUGCUGCUUUGGAAGAAGCAUUGAAAGGGAAAAGAAAAACAGAUGCAGAGGAUGUUGUACGUCUGAUUUUAAUAGAAUUAUGUAUUACCUUCUUAUUAUGUAACUCGAACCACAUGGCGACAUGGAUUGUGAUACAAUAUUGUGAAGAUUUAGAAAAUAUUUCAAGAUAUUCAUGGGCAAAAGUAGUGGUUGACAUUCUACACAGGGCAUUGAAAACAAAGGCCAGCCAGUUGAAGUCGUGUUCUGUUCCUGGAUGUGUGGUUGUCGUAAUGCUUUGGUUGUGUGAGAAAACAAACCUUAUACAACCAAUCAAAGGAAGAGAGGGACACACACCAGGUCUCAUAAAAUGGAGCAUGCGUGAGCUACACUUGAAACUGAAACAGAUAGAUGUGGCAGACAUUCAGUUGAGCUUUAAGAAGGACAAGGAGAAUAAGAAGAAAAAAGAAGAAAAUAAAAAAACAAUCGAGGAAGCUAAAAGUAACGGACGAGAAGAAUGGGAAGAAGGGGAAAAUGUGUCUGAUGAUACAGUGGGCUCCUUGGAUUACGAACUUCGAGCUCAAAAGACACAAAAGGAAUUCCCCCCAGCUGCCACUUUUUCGAAAAGGUUGAACAACGACAAUGAGGACUUGGACAAAAGAUUUGAAGAUUUAUGGGAAACUAUUCAAAAUGCAAGUGCGGAAGUUGCAAAAGCUCAAGGAAAAGUGAAUAGGCUAACUGAAAAGUUAGAGAUAAGGAAGGAAAAAACAAAACAAUUGAGGAGAGAACUAAAAGAAGAAAAGAAGGAAAAGAGAAAGCUGAAAGAGGACAUUGUGAUCUUAAAUGCUGAGAAGAAAUCAUUGUUUGAGUCUGUGAAAAGUGUGGUGAAAAAGCUGGAACAAACUCUUGAAGCUGAAAGGGAAGAGGUGAAAAACAUAAAGAAGGAAAAAAUGCAGCUGAUUAAUGAAAACCAAGAACUGAAAGAUCAACUCAAUCAGGGGACUCCAUGCACCUCUACACAAUUGAGAGCAGACAUGCAAAUGGAGGUAUCUCCCUUUCAAUCCUAUUUGGCAAGACUUGAGAAAAGCUUCAUAACGAGGGGAUUAGAUCCUGAGUUUGAGUAUGAACAAGGGGGCAAAAAGAAAAGGAAAGUAGAACAUGGAAAAAAAUGAAACAAAAGGAAAAUGCUCAAUCUGAUGCCAAUCCUGCAGGCAUUUGUGGAUGAAGAAGUUAUAUCAGUUGAGGAAAAUUUGGGCCUUUUGAGCAUUUUAUAUGUCUUGGAAUAUAUCUGCACAAUGGGGGUGUACCUAAUAUUUCUUAUAUUUUGCCCUAUUUUAUUACAUGCUUUGUCUAUGUGGUUUAGUUGGUUUUCGUCAUCCUAUUGAGAGAAGAACUCUUUCUUUAUGUUUGAAAUGGCUUUAUAUUGUAGGGAUCCCUACUUAUGGGAUAUAAAUUAAUGAU